AUGAGCAACAAUAAGAAAGAGUAGCUUCUCAAAUCAAUCACAAACUAAAAUUAAUCAUAACAAGCAAGAUCAUACACAAGCUCAGCUUUAGCAAGUUACACCAAUAUUAAAGCAAAUGAAACACAUGAGCUGCCGAGUAUUAGAAAUACUUCUAAUACUCCUGGGAUUGGGAUAAAGGCUGAUAAAAAUUUGAGAGCCUCCUCAGUCAACGCAAUUCAAUAGUAAACGUCAUAAACAAGACCUGUUCUAGAAAAACAAAAAGAAAUAGAACAGCUUUUUAACAAACUAGUGGUAAGACCACAUGACAACAUUAUUUCGUCGGAUUAUAUGGAUAAAUAUAAUACAAAAUAAAUGAGACUGAGAAAUAAGCUCGUUAAUCUUUCUCAUUUGAGUUCAACAAAUGAAUAUGGCUCAACCACUAGAAAGCCGUAACUUAAAAGUGCUUGUGAACUUGAAUAGUUGAACAAUACUUAGAAUCAUACCACAAUGAAUAAAUCUCAUCAUAAUACUAUCACUGCUAAGUCUCAGAUCUAAAGCAUUUGGGAUAUAGUCACAUUACACUAGGUCAUGUAGCACUAGCAAGAGAUUAAAGAAGCAUAGAUUAAGAAAAAGUAGAAUAAGGACAUGCUAAAAUCCUCUUAUGAUGAGUAGCAGAAGUUCAUUGAUCACCAGAGAUAAAUGCAAAUUGACGAAAUAGACUAGGAUAAUUAACAGCUAAUUAGGAAUAUCAAAGACCACAAAAAAUUCUUGAGAAGUAAAAAGUAGUAAAAGAAGUAGCAAAUGAGAAUGCUAUAUGAUCACUACACAAAUCAUGUCAAUACUCGCGAUAACAAGAUUAUUUAGGAGUAUGUGAUUAAUAAAAAGGAUGACUAAAUCAAAGUAGCUCAGAUAUCAAAUGAAUAUUAAGUAGAGAAGUAGGAGAAGAAGCUACUUAGAAGAUAUUUACAAGAAGAUGUAUCAAACUUUAACAGGACACAGCAUGAUAAAACGUUGCAAAAUAUAUAGUUAAAGAAAUAGAUUGAUAAGGAUCAAGAUGAAUCUCAGUUGAGACAUCAUUUUAAGCCAUUCGAUACAGCCUAAGAAAGAUAUCGCAACUAAAUCUAAAGAUCACUAGAGAAGCAGGAGGUAAUUAAGUAGUAUACUAUAACUAGUCCAUUAAAGAUUCACUCUCUUGCUGAAAAGGACAGAAAAGAUAACCUUGACUAAAUCAUCAAUAAGAAUUAUGAGAAGGGCAUAGCAGAAUUCAACAAGCGGGAAGAUUAAAAGCUGCUUGUGAUGAAAAAGAAUCUGAGCGAGAUGCGCAGUGAACAGUACAAUCAAAUCAGGAUAAAGAACUUAUUACUGAGAGAAGAGUACGACUUUUCUAAGAUGCAAGAGGAAUAGCUGCUUAAGGUUGAUAAGAAGAUAUUUAAACAGCAAAAGUUGUAGGAUAAACUGAUGAGAUCAAGUUAAAAAGAAAAGGUUAAGGAUGAAUUGUUGAAAUAGAUGCAAGAACAGGAAAGGACCUUCGGAGUAGAGGACAUAGAUAGCAAGGAGUUUGCACUGAAUAAGAAUCUCAUUAAAACAUUCAAAUUUGGAAUCCAGUGA